AUGCCAGGCUCUGCCCUCCUGCUGGUGGCCCGCACAGAGCAGGCGCUGAGUAUGUUGGCCGAGGAACUGACACUCCAGUACCCAGAUACUGAGGUGAGAUGGGUGGCAGAAGAUCUGGGCACAGCAGACGGGGUGAAGUGGACAGUACAAGCUGCACAGGCGCUGAAUGGACAGAACGCACCACAAAGGAUCCUCAUUGUCAAUAACGCAGGGUCUCUGGGUGAUGUUACCAAGUCUUUCGUGGACUUCACAGACCCUCUAGAAGUGGACAGAUAUUUCUCUUUCAACGUGUCAUCCGCACUGUGUCUGACCUCUUCCCUGCUGAAAGUCUUCCAAGGACGUCCGGGGGUACAGCGACUGGUGAUCAAUGUCACAUCUGUGGCAGCUCAGCAGCCAUUUAAGUCCUGUACACUGUACUGUGCUGGGAAGGCAGCUCGGGAAAUGAUGUUCAAGGUGCUGGCCGAGGAGGAGACAGAUGUCCGCGUACUCAACUACGCACCAGGGCCCCUGGAUAGCGCCAUGCAGGAGCAGAUGCGAAGUCAUACAGCAGACCCCGAUGCCCGUCUUCAUUUUAUUAGUUUGCAGAAAAGCGGACAACUUGUUCCUUGCCACACCUCUGCGAAGAAAAUGCUGGACAUUGUCGUGGGAGACGCCUUUGAAUCUGGCAAGACUGUUGAUUUUUUCGAUUAG